AUGUGUGUGCCUGAUGAGGGAACCGACAGCGGCCAGGGUCAGCCCCGAGACAACGGCUUCGGGAAAGCAAGCCAGCUAGAAAAUAACACGAAGACUCCCCAGGUGGGCUCUGCCUCCGAGGGUCUGCAGGUGCCCGGCCAGCACGAAGGCGCAGCGCGGCCCCGCCGCUGCAGGGUCUUCAACCCCUACACCGAGUUCCCGGAGUUCAGCCGUCGCCUCAUCAAGGACCUGGAGUGCAUGUUCCGGCGGUACGAUGCCGGGCGGGAUGGCUACAUUGACCUGAUGGAACUGAAGCUGAUGAUGGAGAAGCUGGGGGCCCCCCAGACCCACCUGGGCCUGAAGGCCAUGAUCAAGGAGGUGGACGAGGACUUGGAUGACAAGCUGAGCUUCCGUGAGUUCCUGCUUAUUUUCCACAAGGCUGCAGCUGGAGACCUGCAGGAGGACAGUGGCCUGAUGGCGCUGGCAGAACGCUCUGAGAUUGAUGUUGCCCUCGAGGGCGUCAAAGGCGCCAAGGACUUCUUUGAGGCCAAGGUCCAAGCUUUGUCAUCCGCCAGUAAGUUUGAAGCGGAGUUAAAAGCAGAGCAAGAGGAGCGGAAGCAGGAGGAGGAGGAGAGGAGGCUCCGCCGGGCAGCGUUCCGGGAGCUCAAGGCUGCUUUCAGCACAUAG